CCUGCGCGCAUGAGCUCGCUCUGCUCCGGCUACUUCCCGGGAGCCCCGCUCGCUCCCCCGAAAGUGACAAGCCGCCAGAGCCGGGGACUCGCUCCUGCCCCGCAGACCGGAGACAUGGGAGAGCCCCGCACCUGGGCGCGGCGGGCUGCGCUCUGCUGCGCGCUGCUCUGCGCGCCCUGGCUGCCUCUCGGCUGGGCAGGAGAGUGCAAACAGCUGGAGCCCUGUGAGAGGUGCAUUGAAGGAGACGCUUCCCAGAACAUCACUGGCUGCGUGUGGAUGCGCUGUGGAGCCACUGAGGAGCCAGGGCCCGGGAGCUGCAUAGGGAAGGGAGACGCCACCAAGGAGACGUGCUCCAUCUACAAUGUCACUGCUGUGUGUCCAGCGCGGAGAUCACCCACCAAGGAGCCUCCACGAGCAUCCACCAAGGAGCCUGAGAUCCUCACCCCAGGGAUGACUGCCGGCCCCCCGCUGACAACCACCCCCGAGUUCCGCCCGCCUGGCUUCGACUCAGCCAGCUUUGUGGGGGGGAUCGUCCUCGUGCUGAGCGUCCAGGCCGUCUUCUACUUCAUCGUCAAGUUCCUCAAGUCCAAGGACAGCACCUACCAGACGCUGGAGGAGAACCAGUAGGUGUUGCUGUGUGGCUCUGCUUACACGUGCAAGGCGAGGGGAACCGCAACAAGAGAAAACCUCGCCAUUUCUUGGGGCUGCCUGCGGGUGGGAAUGGGGGGUGUCUCCAGGUCAACAUGGUAGCCCAGCCUGCCCCCUCCCUGGCUGUGUGGAGGGGGCAUGCAGGCCUUGGCUAGCCCAUUGGCUUGUAUUAAAAUGCUGUCUCCUUGUCCGAAGGCAGGGCCGAGGUGCUCCACUCAGGGGGUGGAGCAGGGUAAUGCCCCCUAGCUAUUUAAUGGGACGCUACCCAGUUCCUAUCCACCACCACGGCCCACUGCUGUCACAAGCAUUUUCUUGGCGGGCGUCAGGCCAUCUCUCCCCCCACCCCAGCCUGUGCGCUACAGCAAGGCUCUCUGCUGUCAUAGCAGUUCGCAAACAAGCUCCUUUGUGGACUAGGAAAUCUCCCCCCCGCCCCCAAAGUGUCCUCAGUCUGCCUAGAGCUUGGCUUGGUGCAGCCAGGCCGUGGUGAAAGCGUGUGCUUUCCCCAGCGCUCACGUGGCCCUGGUGAGGGAGAGUGGAGUGGAGUGGUGGCAUUAGAGUGGGAGUGCUUGGUUCUGUGCCUGCCUGUGCCACUGCGCUCACUGCAGAAUCUCUGUGCCUCAGUUUCCCUGGCUGUCCAGUAGGAAUAGCUACCUGUAACAUGCUAUGGGGUCCUUGGCUAGAAGACGCCAGAGAUGCCGUUACGGGGCGAAGUGGAAUGUCAUAUAACAAUGAGAAGAGCCUCUGUCUCCCGCUGGGAGAAAUUCUGCAUGGCCCUUCUCCCUGCAGUCCCACGUAUGCUCAAUGAAACAGGUGGGGCUGUUCUCUUAGCACUGUAGUACCUAGAAGAUCUGAGUAAGAUCAGGCCCCCUUGGUGUCAGGGGCUGUACAGAGGCUCAGUGAGAUGCAGACCCUGCCCCAAAACAUUCACUGUCUUCAAUAGGGAAGACAAAGGGUGCGGGAGAGGAAGGAUUAUACUAGUUUUACAGAGGGGGAACUGGCCCCCUGCGAGUCUGUUGGCCAGACUUUUCCAGUGAGCUCAGCCCCUCACACACUGGGCACUUUUGAAAAUCUGGCCUGAAGCGUGUGCUGCCCGGACUCAAUGGCACAACCAGAAAUGGAAUCUAGGUCUCCUGAAUCCCAGCCCGGUGCGUUUAUCCCCGAGCCCAACAGCCACCCCCAACUGGGGUGAAAACUGGGUCCAGCUCAGAGCAGGUCUUGUGAACUCUCCCUCUGGCGAUUCCUGCUGCCGGGGCUAGUCGGGGAGGCAGCGAGAUGUCUGCCCCUCGUGUCCUUCCCCCUGCCCCCAGGAACAGUUUCCAAAUAAUCCUGUCCCUUCAUUUCUCACCUGAUUGCUGAAUACCCAGGAGGAGCUCUGUUCUCUUCAUUCCCCCUCCCCCCUCGUGGCAGGUGACGCUAUGAGCAAGGCAUUGCUGGCUCGCUGUGGGACCAUCUCUAAAAUACCGGGCCCUCCUGGCCACUGGCAUCCCCUCCAGCCAGCGGCUGCCCGCUCUGUCUGAAUGGCAGCCGCUGCCUAAGAGUGGUGUCUCUCCUACAGGCAGCUUAGCAGCAGAUGGCUCUGAACCCUGGGCCAGCAGCACGGCUGCCAGUGGCGAGGGGCAGGUGGGAUGGUUAAAGGGGCAUGUACCCCACCCCUCCCUGCUCCCCCCCAGCUGUCCGUGUGCUCUUGCUGUGUCGUUGUGUUGCUGUGUGGGUCCCUGGGGGGGCAGCUGGGGGCAUGCUGUGUGCAGUGGGCUGAAGCCUUGUGAGCACGGAAUUAAAGCUGCUCGGUUUGA